UACUGACGUCAAAAUCCAAAACAAAAGCUUGUCUGAACUGCUCACACGAUUCUUUUGACGAAUUUAAAUAUGGGCUGUUGUCUUGGAAAAAUUAAAGCGAAAAGGAACAGUGUUUCGCCUUCAUAUAUUGAGGAUGAGAUACGUAAACGAAUAUCGGGGAAAUCAGUAAAACGUGAUGCGCCUGGCGCAUCACUCUUGAAAGAAAUGGCCAAACAACUGGAAGAUGCUGAAAUCGAGGAGUCCAAGAUGACAAAGGGCGGCGUUUCAUUCACUCUAGAUUUCAAAACCGGUGACCCCACUAGGAUGCCAUCCAGACUCGCUGAUCAACUGGACGGGGCUCUAACCCCAACCGAAGACGAAAAAGAGGUACAUUACACAGCCAGUGAAAAGGAGCUGCUUGCAGAGCUGUUACGCGAGGAUAUUUUACGAGAGAAGAGUGUCAAGGCUCGUAGAGAUGUACAGCUGUAUGACGCAGCAAGACGCCGAGCUGCGUAUAAUACUUAGACAGGUCUGUACAGGGCCAAGCGUAGAAACAGAAUGCGCUGACGAAGAUAAAAUUAUUUUGUAUAUAUAUAUAGAUCUAUAUGAAAUAGUUUGUAAAUAGAGAGAAAAACUGUAAUCGUGCAACAAAAUAAAGUGCUUCAAUUCUGAGUCUUCUCCGUCACUUCUCAAAUCAACCGUAGUUUUUAAUAUGCUGUUGGGGUUGAUGUCUGUACGGACAAUGUUGUAGUCGCGCUUGAAGUAAGCAUUACAAAAAAAACAAGAACUCUUACCAGGGCUUCGAGAUCCAAAUAUCACAUGCGUGCGCAGCUUGUGCACUGGAAAUAUUUCAGAUGUUUUCUAGACUGGUAAA